CGAUUCGGCAGGAUUAGUGGUUGGUGGUAAACUGAGUGUCAUCCUGCAGGCGACUAUUGAGUUUCAGACUCAGAUGAUUUUUAAGAGGUAGAUCAACGGCCCCGUUUAUUUGUGCCUUCGAAAGGACUUUGUUAAAACUCCUCGUUUAGUACACAGGGAAACACGUCCUCUCUGAACUCUAUAAAAGAGGACUACCCGUGGAUCUCUCAGCAGGUUCGUUGAGGCUAUCGCGCUGGAAGAAGAGAUAGUGGCAGGGCGUUGAAGUUAUCGGCUCGUGGUAGAAUGCACACUAAUAGCCUGUCCUUCUCAAGUGCAACGCGGGAGCUGAAGUGCUUAGUUCUUGUACCAGCUAUUGCAAGGACUGUGGCUAUGGCGUUGCAUGGGUAUAGACCCUGCUAUUGGUACCACCAGAUUCGAUGGAAGCCCAUGUUCAGGGAGGGGGCUUGGAUCACGACGAUACUCAACUACGACGGGGGAGACGAGUUAAGACUGAGAAUCAACGUGGAGGGAGGAAAAGAGGUGGAGAUGCGGACUGAUGGGAAACUGCAGAAUGCGAUCACAGAGGCAAAGGACCGUGCUGAGAAGCGCUGCAGGAAGGACGACGUAAUGGCAAAAAUGCAGGUAACGGUCUCGUACCAUGAGACCGAGACCUCGAUGGAUACGGCGGACAGGGAGCAGGCCCAUCUGGCCCGUGACUCAGGUGGAGAGAGCGAGAUGAGUGAAGCGGGGGACCGGGAGACGGACCUCAGGUCCUGGAAUAGACCAGGCGAGAUCCAGAGGCAUCACCGAGCCGCGAAGCCGGUGGAGCGCGGACCCGAGGCCAGCUCUCGGCAACUGGCGCCCAGAGGCCGCGGGACGGAGGAGAGGCAGAACAGGGGGAAAGGACGUGUGUGAGGGAGCAGCGCCAGAGGUCAACGCAUGGUCGUUCUGAGAAACGGGGAGUGAGCUACGAGGCGGUUACAUGCGUAC